AUGACUUCAAAACCAUCCACUAGUGAAGCUAGGGCUCACUCAGUAUCCCAUGUAUCGAGCACGGGUAUGAAGGGAUCAUCGACAUCCAACAGUUCUAGACCAUUUAGACCAUGUGCGGACUGUACGUGUUCGCCCGGUCUGCUGUCCAGACAAGGACGUAGAGCCUCUCUAUUCCUAAGGAAGCUGGAAAAUUCAAGGAGGUCGUCCAGCAUGCUGCUCAAUGACCCGAAGGGAGCUGGUGGGAGUAGCGCCGCAGGAAACGGGUCUGUCUACUCCUGUGACUCGCUGUGUGCUAUUAAUAGGGAGGUUAACACCACCGAGAGGCUGUUGAAAUUGCGCCAAGAGAUGAAAAAACACGAUUUGUGUUGUUAUAUUGUGCCCAGCUGCGAUGAGCACCAGUCAGAAUAUGUAUCGUUGCGAGAUCAGAGACGCGCUUUCAUAUCCGGGUUUUCCGGGUCUGCUGGUGUCGCUUGCAUCACUAGGGAUUUGCUAAAUUUCAACGAGGACCAUCCCGACGGGAAAUCCAUUCUGAGCACCGAUGGUAGAUACUUCAACCAAGCCAGACAAGAACUGGAUUAUAACUGGACACUUUUGAAACAGAAUGAAGACCCGAUUAGUUGGGAAGACUGGUGUAUCAGGGAAGCAUUGGAAAUGGCCAAGGGACUUGGUAAUAAAGAUGAAACGGUGUUGAAAAUAGGUAUCGACCCUAAACUCAUCACCUUUAACGAAUAUGUGUCGUUCAGUAGAAUGAUUGACACUAAAUAUAAAGCCAAGGGUAAAGUGGAGCUUGUGCCCGUGGAUGAAAACUUGAUCGACAGUAUUUGGUCCGGUUUCGAAACCUUGCCCAAAAGACCUUGCAACGAAUUACUGCUGUUGAGAUAUGAAUUUCAUGGUGAAGAAUUUAAAGACAAAAAGCAAAAAUUACUGGCAAAACUAAGUAAUAAGUCUGGAAGUGCAACAGCUGCUCCUGCCAAGACUUUCAUAGUCGUUGCGUUGGACGAAGUUUGCUGGUUGCUAAACCUGCGGGGAUCCGACAUUGACUAUAAUCCAGUUUUUUUCUCUUACGUGGCUAUUAGCGAAGAGAAGACUAUUCUCUUCACCAACAAUUCUUUCAAUGAUGCUAUAUCGGAAUACUUCAAAGAAAACGAUAUUGAAGUGAGGCCCUACGAGCAGAUAUGGCAGCAUUUAACCAAGGUCACUGCCCAGGCCUCCUCCACGGACCACACAUUUUUGAUUCCUGACGGAGCAUCGUGGCAGAUGGUCCGUUGCCUAAACGUUCCAGAAGGAAAUAGCCAAGCGACGAACAAGGCGGCCCCACCAAACUACCGCAUGAUUCACUCGCCCAUCGAUGUUUUGAAAUCUAUCAAAAACGAUAUCGAAAUCAAAAACGCACACAAGGCGCAAGUCAAAGACGCAGUAUGCUUGGUGCAGUAUUUUGCGUGGCUGGAACAACAACUGGUGGUGCGCGAGGCGUUGAUAGACGAAUAUCGUGCCGCGGAAAAACUGAUCGAGAUCAAAAAAACGCAAAGAAACUUCAUGGGCAACUCAUUCGAAACGAUAUCGUCCACGGGCAGUAAUGCCGCCAUCAUACACUAUUCUCCACCGGCGGACAACUCGUCUAUGAUUGACCCUACAAAGAUGUAUCUUUGCGACUCCGGUUCGCAGUUCCUGGAAGGAACAACAGACAUAACAAGAACCAUCCAUCUAACCAAACCCACGCAAGAAGAGAUGGACAACUACACGCUGGUUCUCAAGGGUGGGCUAGCCUUGGAGAGAUUGGUGUUCCCUGAAGACACGGCCGGGUCCAGUAUCGACGCCAUUGCCAGACAGUUUCUAUGGUCGCGUGGGCUGGACUACAAGCACGGCACGGGCCACGGCAUCGGAUCUUUUCUGAACGUCCACGAAGGACCCAUGGGCAUCGGGUCCCGGCCUCAUCUGAUGAACUUCCCCCUAAGAGCCGGAAACAUCAUAAGCAACGAGCCCGGGUACUACAAGGACGGCGAAUACGGUAUCAGAGUAGAAAGCGACAUGCUGAUCAAGAAAGCCUCGUCAAAGAGCAAGUUCCUCAAGUUCGAAAACAUAACAGUAGUGCCAUACUGUAGGAAACUGAUCAACACCAAGCUACUAAGCGAGGAAGAAAAAACACACAUCAACGAGUACCACUCGAGGAUAUGGAGAACGGUGGUGCAUUUCCUGCAACCUCAAAGUAUCUCAUACAAGUGGCUGAAGAGAGAAACGAGCCCAUUAUGA